AUGGCAUACUGCCCCUUUAAGCACAGGUCCCCUCAGCACUCGGAGUUGCUGAAUAUUGGGUUACAGUGUGGCAAAAUGGCGGCUGUCAUUCAGAAUCCACUCAAAGCGCUGGGCGAUCAGUUCUACAAGGAGGCCAUCGAGCACUGCCGCAGCUACAAUGCCCGCCUGUGCGCCGAGCGCAGCGUGCGCCUGCCCUUCCUGGACUCGCAGACCGGCGUGGCGCAGAACAACUGCUACAUCUGGAUGGAGCGCCGCCACCGCGGGCCAGGGAUGGCCGCGGGGCAGAUGUACACGUACCCGGCCCGCUGCUGGAGGAAGAAGAGGAGGCUGCACACGCCCGUCGACCCCCAGCUGCGACUGUGCGAGCUGCGCCUCGAGGGGGAGCUGGCACCCAAGAAGGAGCCCCUGCCCGUGGAGGGCACCACCCUGGAAGCACUGCUGAGAGGAGAAAGCCUGGAGAGGAAGAGCAACAGCAAUGCCAAGGAGGACGAGAACCUGCUGGAGAUCCAGAGGGUCUUAGAAGCUGAUGAAAACGGGGACGGUUUCCAUGACGAUGAGGACUUUGAAGUGGACACUCCGAAAAGGAAGCACAGAAGCAAAGGCCGGGGACGUGGCUCAGGACGCAGGAAGACAGAAGCCGCCUCUGUGGAUGAUCAGGACAAGCCAUAUGUCUGUGACAUUUGCGGGAAGCGCUACAAGAACCGCCCGGGUCUGAGCUACCACUACGCCCACACCCACCUGGCUGAGGAGGAGGGCGAGGACGAGAGGGACUCGGAGCCGCCCCAGUCUCCGCCCGCCCACUGCUCCGACAACCACAAACCCCAGAAAGGCCCGGACGGAACGGUCAUUCCCAAUAACUACUGUGACUUCUGCCUGGGCGACUCGGGCUCCAACAGGAAGACGGGCCAGGCGGAGGAGCUGGUGUCCUGCUCGGACUGCGGCCGCUCCGGCCACCCCACCUGCCUGCAGUUCACAGACAACAUGAUGCAGGCGGUGCGCACCUACCAGUGGCAGUGCAUCGAGUGCAAGUCUUGUAGCUUGUGUGGAACAUCAGAGAAUGAUGACCAGCUCCUGUUUUGCGAUGACUGUGACCGGGGAUACCACAUGUACUGCCUGAAACCUCCCAUGACUCAGCCCCCAGAAGGGAGCUGGAGUUGUCAUCUGUGUCUGGACCUCCUGAAGGACAAGGCUUCAGUCUUCACUGAGCCAUAGACACAAACAGGGAAGAGUGCCUGAGAGGAAAGAGAUACUCAGCACAGCUAUAUUCCUACUGACUCUCUCUCUAACACACACACACACACACACACACACACCAUUUGCAACUACUACAUUCCCGCUACAGCACACACACACACACACGCACACACACACACGCGCAUACACACAUACCAGACAGCCAGUGCUAAUACAUUCCCACUCACACACACACACACACACACACACCCAUUGCUGCUACUGCAUUCACACUAAUACACACAUAUGCGUGCACACACAAGACAUCCAUCGCAACUACAAGAAUCCCCCCGUAUGACACACACACAAAAGACACCCAUCACAGCAAGUACAAUCCUGUUCUCUCUCCCAUACACACUAAUUCGAGACACCAACUACAGCUACAUUGCUACUGACAUACACACAGCGGUGUCUCUCUUCUCACUCAAAACCAUACCCACUCAACACCUUUGGAUCAUUUAAAAAAUACCCCACACACAUUGGUCUCAUUUGGUCAGUACACUUAAUAGCUGGUUAAGCUAACAUACCUACGGAUGCAAACAGUUAGAUGUGAAACAUCACCAUACUGUAUAAUCUGUUGUUAUAGGUUACUCCAUAAUUUAUUAGAUUUGCCAGUGAUACUCUACCUCACAACUCACUCAGUUACCACUGAAUCCAAAGCAAUGUAGACUGCAGUCACACAUAGCAGAGUUUGAGUUUAGGUGCAUACGAGAAGUUGUAAAGACAGUUACCAAGCACCAUCAUGACAGGCCGUUAAGGUUUGUGAUAACAGCACAGAGAACUGUGAAACCUGUCCUUGCCUUAACUAGCAUGUAACCUUCACAACUCUUAAAUAUUGUAGCAACAGUGUCACACUCACGCUAUGUUUCAGCAUGUGUUGUUCACAAUCCACAGAAAAUCUUAAGAUGUUCAGUUUUAUGUACUUAAAGAAACAUUAUUAAUAGUAUAAUUUAGCUAGGUGUGUGAGUCAGAUAAUGCUGAAAGAUACUGUAGGUGUGAUUUCAGAGAACAGGUCAGGUUGAGUGGUUUGGAUUGAUUUUUCAGAGUUUUAAGCCAAUGUUUUUGGUCCUAUUUCAGUCAGAAUUUCAUAAGCUCACUGUCUAACCUCAGUUGGUUUGAUUUUGAGAUAAUCUAACUUUCCACAUAUCAUUUUGCAAGGUUACGUUUAUUCAUAUUUAGCACUAAAAGGGAAUCGGGGGCAGUUGGUUUGGUAAUACCUUAAAUUUUUUUCAUAGAUUGGUUAUGAUCAUUUUACUGCUCCCGCUCGAAAACCUUUUACUUAACAAGACAUUGGCCCUAGUAAUAACAACAGUGCCGUGUUAAUGUAGCUGAAAUAAUUGCUAUUCUCUGUGCCAAUUAACACUAUCUUAAUUGCAACGCUAUCUUUUCUUAAUGCUUUCUCCCCUUUUGUACACUUGUUUUGGAAUUGCAUAUUAGGUUUGUCUCCUGCACCCACCUCUGCGCUUGUGCAGGAGAGCUAGGAAUAGCCAAUGCAAUAUGCUGCAUCCUACACAGAUGCUUGCUGCAACUGUUUUUAACACUAAAAGUCCCACAAUGCACCACUGAUCGGAAGAUGGCGCAUCUCCACUAAUGUCAUCUGAGAGGCUCAUAUGUGCCGGACAGUGUGUGUCAGAGAGCUCCCUACCCCACUGCUGCAGGCCCCAAUCGUUGUGAACAGACAAUGCCUGGGCUCAGAUGCGGACCAUCAGGCUCAGCCUGUGCUCAGAAUGAGCACCUCAGUAGACUGAGCGACUCGGCAGCUACAACACUAUGUUAACAGUACCUCAGACCACUGUCUACAGCUGCUUAUUGCCUGCUGCCUUCACUACAUUUCCCACAAUCCAUGUGGUGCCCAUCCAUUGUUGCACAGAGAACCUCAUGGCAGUUCGCUGGAAUGUAUUCCAGACGCAAAUGGCUCUAUGCACACAAUAACCUCGCUGGAACUCUAGGAUCGGGCAGAUGGAAGGAAAGUGGACCAUGGAAGUGGCCCUAGGAGAUUUCAUUGUAUCUCCGUGGUAGCUAAGAGAAGGGCUGAAUAGCUAAGUGGAAGACUGAAAGUGUCCAUAGAAAACUGAGAACCCUUACAGUGACACACAAAAUCAUAAAGGACAUAAAGUCUAUGUGAAAUCCUACCUGUAUUCUGAAGAGGGAAGCAGACACCCCUCUUUGCCAUUGGCUUUGAUCACAUCUGACCUCAUUGGCUUUCCUCAAAGCAAUAACGCUACAAACCAAAAGGGCUUUUCAAUUUUAUUUUUUUCCUGCAGCAUUUCAGGGUAUGGUUGGUUUUUCACCUAAAUCCACCAUAAUUAUUGAGUGUUAUUGGAAAGCUUUUUUGAUUUUCACUCUCUCUUAUGCAACAUUCCAUGUCUGUGUGGGACUGAUCAAAUGCCCCAGAGUAUA